AAAAUUACACAGCACAGAGACAAAGGGAGCUGUUCGCCGCCAUUUUGUGGACUCACAGUGGUUACUGGCGAGUGGCUGUGGCGACACACGUAACUAAUAUUCGUAUCACCGCGAAGCGUUUCGCGAUUUGCUUUUAAGACUGAUUUUACAUUAUAUUUAAAUUAGUUAUAACAAGAUGUCCAGGGACCGAUUUAGAAACCGCGGCGGAUUUCAGCGCAGAGGCGGAGGUGGGAUGCGAGGAGGAAUGGGAAACCCCAAUUUCAGAAAUCAGAACCAGCAUCCCUUUCCAAACCGAGUUCCACAGCCGGGCAUGAACCAUGGCCCGCCGCCGACCCAGGGCCCUCCUCCGAAACCGGUAACACCACAGAAGUCCCAACCCCCUCCAGUGGUUCAGCCCGGGUCUCCAGCAGCGCAGCCGCCCCCUGCUCAACCGAACAAGACUCCGCAGCAGGCCGCUGCGGCUCAGCCCAGUCCGAAGCUGCAAUCACCGCCGCCGAAACAAGGCCUUACAUCACCGCCGACGCAACCCAGUAAACCCCAACCAAGCCCCGACCUCGGCAAUGGACAGAAACAACCACCUCUCACUACGAAUAAGCUACCAGCGCCUCCUCAAGAAAGGAGUAACGUUAAACAAGAAGAGCCGCCGCAGGAAUUGAAAGCGACCCUCUCUCUCCUGCGAAAGCCCGGAGAGAAGACCUACACACAGCGAUGCCGCCUGUUUGUGGGUAACCUGCCCAACGACAUCACCGAAGAUGAGUUCAUGAAGCUGUUUGCGAAGUAUGGAGAGCCAAGUGAGAUCUUCAUCAACAGGAACAAAGGCUUCGGUUUCAUCCGCCUAGAAUCCCGUGCUUUGGCUGAGAUCGCCAAGGCGGAGUUGGAUGACGUGCCCCUGAAAGGCCGCCAGCUCAGGGUCCGCUUCGCCACGCACUCUGCCGCCCUUUCAGUGCGUAACCUCUCCCCCUAUGUCUCCAAUGAGUUGUUGGAAGAGGCUUUCUCCCAGUUCGGGCAGGUGGAGCGCGCCGUCGUCAUUGUGGAUGACCGCGGUCGCUCCCUGGGCAAGGGUAUCGUGGAGUUUGCCUCGAAGCCAGCUGCCCGCAAGGCAAUGGAACGCUGCAACGAAGGGGUCUUCCUGCUCACCACCUCUCCCCGCCCGGUUGUCGUGGAGCCCCUGGAGCAGUAUGAUGAUGAGGAUGGGCUCCCGGAGAAGCUGGCCCAGAAGAACCCUCUGUACCAGAAGGAGCGGGAACAGCCUCCUCGCUUUGCCCACCCGGGCAGCUUCGAGUUUGAGUACUCGCAGCGUUGGAAGUCUUUGGAUGAGAUGGAGAAGCAACAGAGGCAGCAGGUGGAGAAGAACAUCCGUGAGGCGCGGGAGAAGCUGGAGAGCGAGAUGGAGGACGCCUACCAUGAGCACCAGGCCAACAUGCUCCGGCAGGACCUGCUGAGGCGUCAGGAAGAGCUGCGGCGCAUGGAGGAGCUGCACAGCCAGGAGAUGCAGAAGCGCAAGGAGAUGCAGCUCAGGCAGGAGGAGGAACGCCGUCGCCGGGAGGAGGAGAUGCUUCGCCAAAGGGAGAUGGAGGAGCAGAUGCGGCGCCAGCGGGAGGAGUCCUAUCGCAUGGGGGGUUACAUGGAUAAUAGGGAGCGUGACAUGCGCAUGAGCGGUGGUGGGUCCAUGGGCAUGUCAGACAUGCCUUUUGGGUCGCCAACCCAGAAGUUUCCCAUGGGCGGUAUGGGCUUCGAGGGACACCAGGGCAUGGGUGCCCCUGCGGCUGGCGGCAUGGGCGGUGGCAUGAUGCCCAGCGAAAUGCGCAAUGAGCGAUUCCCCCAAGGUGGCCCUGGAGGCCCGCGGGGAAUGGGUCCCGGGAACCCGGGUUUCGGCCGGGUGCGUGAGGAGUUUGAUGGGCCGGCCAAGAAGCCCCGUUUCUAAGCCAGUGGCCAGAUUCGAAAUCAGCGCUUCUUUGUAGCUUCUCUCUAGUCAAGGUUGUAUUUAAAUGGAAGCAUUCUUGCAUUUUAGCCAGAAGACUACUUUUUACAGCGAUGUUAAUGGAUUUAAUUUCUUUUUAUUUUGUAUUUGAAGUAGUGUUUAAAGUGGUAACCUGGUAAGCGGAGAUGCUUCUUUCCCCGACCAAAACAUUAUUUCCUGUCCGGUCAUCAUGUUCUGUGACUCAUGUCUUGGUGAAAAUUGUAAAUUAGCUUCAACUUUCUAUGGCUGUUUUUGGUUUUGUUUUUUGUGCCAUUUAACGUUUGAAAAACCUGUAACUUUACAAUAAAGACUGUAAUUGGUUCUUUGUUUCCAAA